CUGCUGUCUGCCGACAGGUUGUAUGUACUCGUGGCUCCAGGCCCUCUCCUUCCAGGCCUGCAGCCAGGAGGUCCUCUCUACAGCUAGCCCAGGUGGAGGCUACUCCUCCCUGAAUGGAAUCCGCAUCUUUAGCCUUCUAUGGAUAAUCUGUGGACACACUGUCCAGCUCAGCGCCUGGAACAACCUAGAUAAUGAAACGAGAUGGAAAGGGACAGUGGAGAGAAACCCUCUGCAUGUGUUUGCCUUCAGUGGACCUGUAUAUCUGGCUGUGGAUACCUUUCUGCUCCUCGGAGGUCUUUUGAGUGCAAGGUCCCUGCUGGGGUCCAUUCAGAGAGCGGAGGACAAACUGAGUCCAGGUCUGGUGGCCAACUUCCUCUUCAAGAGGUUUAAAAGAGUCCAGCCACUGCACCUCUUCAUCGUGUGUCUCGCUAUCGGCCUCUUCUCCGUGGUCCAGAGAGGUGCAUUCUGGUUCAUCGCCGAAGAUGAGAUCAUCAACUGUAAAAAGUACUGGUGGUCCAACCUGCUACUGGUCAACAACCUCUUCACCAUCACUGACAUAUGUGCUCCAUGGACCUGGUAUCUGUCCCUGGAUUUCCAGUUCUAUGCAACAACCCCCCUGCUCAUCUACCUCUAUAGGCUGAACAAAGGAGUUCUGGUUGGUGUGGCUUCAGCUCUGCUGUUUCUGUCCAGUCUGACUAGCGCUGUUCUCACUGCCCUACUGCACCUCCCAGUUCACCAGCCUACCACACUAAAAUAUGAAAACUACUUCCAGUAUUACUACAAUAAACCCUACACCAGAUACGGGCCCUACCUGAUCGGGAUCCUGGCAGGGAUAAGCAUGACAACUAAGAAAGGCCACCUUUUAAAACAUCAGUGGCAGGCUACAGUAGGUUGGUUCUGCUGCCUGUCAGUCAUGGCGAUAUUGAUAGGAUUGGCCUAUGUCCUCCGGGAUGUCCCACCCCAGCCGUCCGCGCCUCACGCCCUCUACCAGGGGAUCCAUCGCUCCCUCUGGGCCCUGGCCGUGGCCUGGAUCAUACUGGCCUGUGAGGAGGGAUAUGGAGGAUUGGUUGAUAACCUCCUGUCACUAAAUCUGUGGGUUCCUCUGUCCAACAUCAGCUUUGCCUGUUACCUGAUCCAUCCUGUUAUUAUUAUACUAUACAACGGCAAACAGGAGACUCCUAUACACUACACAGACAUGAACUUUUUCUAUCUGUUCCUGGGUCACAUGAUUCUGACGGUGGUGAUUGGCUAUGUGUUGACCGUGUUGGUGGAGAAGCCCUACCUCUUCCUCAGGGGCAGUAAGACUUAAGGACAUGACCCCCUUGACCCUCCUCCUUUAGAACAUGACCCCUAGACCCUCCUCUCUACGACAUGACGCCUAGACCCUCCUUCUCUACGACAUGACCCCUAACCCCUAGACCCUCUUCCCUAGGACAUGACCCCCUUGACCCUCCUCCUUUAGAACAUGACCCCUAGACCCUCCUCUCUACGACAUGACGCCUAGACCCUCCUUCUCUACGACAUGACCCCUAACCCCUAGACCCUCCUUCUCUACGACAUGACCCCUAACCCCUAGACCCUCUUCCCUAGGACAUGACCCCUAGACCCUCCUCCUCUACGACAUGACAUCUAGACCCUCUUCCUCUACAACAUGACCCCUCCUCCCUAGGACAUGACCCCUAGACCCUCCUCCUCUACGACAUGACCCCUAGACCCUCCUCCUUUACGACAGGACCCCUAGACCCUCCUCCUUUACGACAGGACCCCUAGACCCUCCUCCUUUACGACAGGACCCCUAGACCCUCCUCCUCUACGACAUGACCCCUAGACCCUCCUCCUCUACGACAUGACCCCUAGACCCUCCUCCCUACGACAUGACCCCUCCUCCCUACGACAUAACCACUAGACCCUCCUCUGUACGACAUGACCCUUAGACCCUCCUCCUCUACGACAUGACCCUUAGACCCUCCUCCUCUACGACAUGACCCCUAGACCAUCCUCCCUACGACAUGACCCCUCCUCCCUACGACAGGACCCCUAGACCCUCCUCCCUACGACAUGACCCCUCCUCCCUACGACAGGACCCCUAGACCCUCCUCCCUAUGACAGGACCCCUCCUCCCUACGACAUGACCCCUCCUCCCUACGACAGGCCCCCUAGACCCUCCUCCUCUACGACAUGACCCCUAGACCCUCUUCCCUACGACAUGACCCCUCCUCCCUACGACAGGACCCCCUAGACCCUCCUCCUCUAUGACAUGACCCCUAGACCCUCCUCCCUAUGACAUGACCCCUCCUCCCUACGACAGGACCCCUAGACCAUCCUCCUCUACAACACUCCAGUAGAUCUGAAAGGAUUGGAUAGCUGUGAGCAGUAUGGCCAUAAAUGAAAGGAAUUAUGUAUGGGCUGAUUUAUAAAGAUGACUGUAUUCAUUGUAAGAUGUAAGAUGUGCGGUGUAAAUUAUUGUAUAAUCUGCCAUGUAUAAAAACUGAAACAUAAAGUCUGAAAAGAGUGGUAUGUUAGAAUGUAAAACUUUCUGUGGUUAGAAUGUUUAACGCUGACUGUAGUAUUGAGGUACAAUGUUACUUGUGAAGCCAAGCAGUAUAAGAAGAGCUCUUCACUAGAUACAUAAACAUACAAAGGCCAUUUCCUCAAAAGUGAGUUUACAACUUGAUCAACUUUCAAAGCAGAAUUGCUUUUCCAUUGUUCCUCAA